AUCGACGAUGAAGUUCUGGCUGGGAAUAUCUUUGGCACUUUUGGCCUUAGGCCAAACCCAUGGAAGUAUAUUCGAGAGGACUUUCAAAAGGAUCCAUGAAGAACCACCACUCCCAACUAGUCAGAGCCGAGCGGAUGUAGUGCAGACCCUUUGGAUCGAACAGAAAUUGGAUCACUUCGAUGCGUCAGAGACGCGAACAUGGCAAAUGCGUUAUAUGCUCAACGAUGCUCUUUAUAAGUCUGGAGCCCCUCUGUUUAUCUAUCUUGGCGGAGAAUGGGAGAUCUCCGCUGGCAGAAUAACCGGUGGCCACCUUUACGACAUGGCCAAGGAACACAAUGCUCUUUUGGCUUACACGGAGCACCGCUACUAUGGACAAAGCAAGCCCUUGCCCGAUCUUUCAAAUGAAAACAUUAAAUAUCUGAGUGUGAACCAGUCCUUGGCUGACUUGGCGCAUUUCAUCACUACCAUCAAGCAAAACCAUGAGGGUUUGUCUGAAUCCAAGGUCGUUAUUGUGGGUGGUUCAUACUCCGCCACAAUGGUCACCUGGUUCAAGAAGAUCUACCCGGAUCUGGUGGUUGGAGGCUGGGCUUCCAGUGCCCCGCUCUUUGCCAAGGUUAACUUUGUGGAGUACAAGGAAGUCACUGGCCAAUCCAUCGAACAGAUGGGUGGCUCUGACUGCUACAAGCGAAUUGAGAACGGCAUUGCUGAGAUGGAGACCAUGAUAGCCACCAAACGCGGUGCUGAGGUCAAGGCCCUUCUUAAGCUCUGCGAACCCUUCGAUGUCUACAGCGAUCUGGAUGUGUGGACUUUGUUCAGCGAGAUUUCCGAUAUCUUUGCGGGCGUAGUGCAGACUCAUAAUGCUGGCCAAAUCGAGGGUGUUUGCCAAAAGAUAAUGGCGGGUUCGAAUGAUCUUACUGGUGUUGCUGGCUAUUUGCUGGAUGAAUUCGAGGCAAGCGGCGGCAAGUGCUAUGAUCUCAGCUAUGAUGGUAUAACUGGACUGCUUUUGGACACUACUUAUAACGGGAAUAUCAUGCGACAGUGGAUUUUCCAGACCUGCAACGAGUAUGGUUGGUAUCAGACCUCCGGCUCAAGAGCCCAGCCCUUUGGCACCAAGUUCCCUGUUACGUACUACACCACCAUGUGCGCUGAUUUGUAUGGCUCCCAGUAUAGCAACGAGUUCAUUACCAACCAAGUGAGUACCACCAACCAGUACUUUGGUGGACUGACCCCUGGUGUGGAAAAUGUCUACCUCACCCAUGGUCAAUUGGAUCCCUGGAGGGCAAUGGGAAUUCAGGAUGCGGAUCAGGCCACCAUCAUUCCAGAAUAUGCCCACUGCAAGGACUUCAACUCAAUCAGCUCCAGUGACACUGCUGAGAUGAAAGCCUCCAAGGAACGCAUUGCCGAACUCGUUCGUGAAUGGGUUAAAUAACCUUAGACAACGUCACAGUUUAUAAAAAAAUGCCAAUCUAAAAUUAAGUGGAAUAAACAUUUAAACACACUUACAAACGUUGACAUUGGAAUCUAAUCAAAUUAAGAUAAGAUACCAAGAAAUUCAUGGAUGAUUUACUAUUUGAUCUGAAAACAUUUAAGAUAUGCAGAUCCUCCUUUGCCUAAAAAAAUAAAGAUUUAUAAAAACAAAAUAA